AAGGAGCUUUGUGAAUCGGAGUCGGGUUAUGUGAAUGUUAUUCAGAGAGCGGAUUUCUUACCCGGGAUUUCUGCGUGUAAACAAGUUUUCCUUCCCGCAGCGCUGAACCGGGAGCGAGGUUUAAACUGAGAGGUGAAGGAAAAACAGCGAGUGUGUAGAAAACGCGAGGAUAAAGAGGAGAGACGGACAGGACUGGCGCGUAUUCUCAGCCAUAUUGGUUUGGGCACCGCGCACUGGUUCGUUAUUAUUAUUACUAUUAUAAAAUAAGUGCGCGUCUGGACUCGCGGUUGCACAGGCGUGUCGAGGGCAAAAUGGGUCCGUGCUUGGACAUUUAACAGGACUGUUUUUAUUACGGACACAUCUACAGACAGCCGGACUGCACUGUUGUCAUUAAAGCUGUAAUACGCACUCGGACUGUGCAGGAUGGAGCGCUACCUGUCGGGCAUGUACCUGCUUCUUACGCUUGUGAAGCUUGGCACAACAGCUAAGGAGCUCACCUGCCAGGAGAUUUCUGUUCCUCUUUGCAAAGGAAUUGGCUACAACUAUACCUACAUGCCAAACCAGUUCAACCACGACACCCAAGAUGAAGCAGGUCUUGAGGUCCACCAAUUUUGGCCACUGGUGGAGAUACAAUGUUCGGCUGAUCUACGGUUCUUCCUGUGCAGCAUGUACACACCGAUCUGCUUGGAGGAUUAUAAGAAACCUCUUCCACCGUGCAGGAGCGUCUGCGAGCGUGCCAGGGCUGGCUGCGCCCCCCUUAUGCGCCAGUAUGGCUUUCCAUGGCCGGACCGUAUGCGCUGUGAGCUCCUACCUGCACAGGGUAACCCAGACACUUUAUGCAUGGACUAUAACCGGACAGACACCACUACAGCAGCGCCUGUCCUCCCCAAGCCGACGGGCUACCCGGGCAGGACCCACGGUGGUUCCGGGGGCUCGCGAAGUGGAAGCCCAAAACGCAAACCUGCACAGCAGCCGUGUGAGGCUGGCUGCCAGUGCCGUGCACCUAUGGUCCGGGUGAGCAACGAAAGACACCCGUUGUACAACCGGGUAAAGACUGGGCGUACGCCGAAUUGUGCCAUGCCAUGCCACAAUCCAUUUUUUACUCCAGAUGAGCGUGCGUUUACUGCUUUCUGGAUAGGCUUGUGGUCCAUUUUGUGCUUUGUAAGUACCUUCACUACAGUGGCGACAUUCCUGAUUGACAUGGAGCGCUUCAAGUAUCCAGAACGACCCAUCAUCUUCCUGUCAGCGUGCUACAUGUUUGUCUCGGUGGGCUACAUCGUGAGACUGAUCGCAGGCCAUGAGCGAGUAGCCUGCAGCCGGGAGCACGACGUCGAACACGUCCACUAUGAGACCACCGGACCUGCACUAUGCACUGUUGUUUUUCUUCUAAUCUACUUCUUCGGAAUGGCAAGCUCAAUCUGGUGGGUGAUUCUGUCACUCACGUGGUUUCUAGCAGCUGGAAUGAAGUGGGGCAAUGAAGCCAUCGCAAGCUACUCGCAAUACUUCCAUCUGGCUGCCUGGCUCAUCCCGAGCAUGAAGUCCAUAGCAGUGUUAGCACUCAGCUCUGUCGACGGAGAUCCAGUAGCGGGAAUAUGUUAUGUUGGCAACCAGAACCUGGACAAUCUGCGGGGUUUCGUGCUUGCCCCGUUGCUUAUAUAUUUGUGCAUUGGCGCCAUGUUUCUGCUAGCCGGAUUUGUCUCACUUUUUAGAAUCCGCAGCGUCAUUAAGCAAGGUGGCACCAAAACGGACAAGCUGGAGAAGCUCAUGAUUCGAAUCGGAGUUUUCACUGUACUGUACACAGUCCCCGCAGCUGUGAUUGUAGCUUGCUACUUUUACGAGCAACACAACCGGCAGCGAUGGGAGGCGGCGCAUAACUGUGCGUGCUCUCUGGAUCGUGGGCGAGAUGCCGAAAGACCCGAUUAUGCCGUGUUUAUGCUUAAGUACUUCAUGUGCCUCGCUGUGGGCAUCACAUCAGGAGUUUGGGUAUGGUCUGGGAAGACUUUAGAGUCCUGGCGGGCACUGUGUACACGCUGUUGUCGCUGUCGCUGGUCAGGCAAGGGUGCAAGCAGUACGGCGUACAGCGAUGUUAGUGCAGGGCUGACUUGGCGCUCAGGGACGGCUAGCUCAGUGUCCUGCGCCAAACAAAUGCCUUUGUCUCGGGUCUAGUGGAGGUUGUUGGACCAGUUGCUUUUCACACAUGCAUUAGCAUACAAAUGGACUGCUGAUGGGUUUCUGUUAAGCAUGCACAGCGGAGAGACUGGCUGAAACAAUUGGACCCUCGUGCCUGAUUUAUUUUCCCUGCAUUUCUAUUGAUAUGGACAUGACAUGCAAUUAAGGAUGAAUUAGGCUCAUGGUAUUGUCCUGACUGGUGCUGACAAAGCUUCUCUUAGCAUUUAAGGACUUUUCUGUCUUAACUUUUUUAAAUCUGGACAAUCAGAAUUAUCAAAUAUGCUCUUGAAUAAGCCUUAAGUCUUAGUGCCCAAAUAUUUCUACGGGUUGUCGUUUUUAUAAUUGUGAGAAAGUUGUAUUUAUAUGAUGAUGUACAAACUUGUAAAUUUUGUAUAUUGAAAAAAGUUUAUAAAAUUAUUGUAAAUUUGUACAUAGUGUAGAUGAUCAUUGAUG